AUGGCAAACGGUAGACAGCCUGUCACUUCCGACGUGAAUAAUAAUAAUAAUGUUUCGACUUCUGCUGAGUGUACUAAGUACAUCCAACAGCCAACGCUUACAAAUAACACUGCUUACGUCGGUUGGUUUAAACCGCCACUUCAUUUGCAAAUGGUGCCUGUGGGAAACGCGAAAGGGCUGAAUCAAGUAGCAUUUAUUAUGACCGUUACUGAAACGACAUUCGAUCCCCGUAAUGCUGAUGCCUUUCAGCUUGUAGUUGGGUUAACGGACACAGAAACUGAAAUGAAAUCUGCCAAAGGAAUCAUAAACGCCAAUGAUAUUGAUUCAACCUUAGUCAAGUCUGUUGCUCUUGAAUCAAUAUAUAUAUUUUUUUACCACCAAAAAAAUUACAUUGAUUACGCUCGAAAUGUGAGAGAGAUUAUUAAACCAAGUUUGCUUACCGACCUUGGCUUUCCACCAAAACUUAUUUCAUUAUCUUACUUGACUUCGAGAUUGAGUAGUAGUGGUCCUAUGUUUCAUAAUGACACUAUAAUGAAACCUAACGUAUAUGGUUCACUUAUUAUAAAGUCUAACAGUUUCCUUGUCAAGACAGAAACAGAGCAAAGAUCACGCACGAUUUUUAACGCGCUUGGUUUACUUGGUGGCGCAUUAACAGGGUCUUUAACAGUGUAUGCCAUUUUAUUUGGUAGCGACACCCUAAAGCCAUGGGGUUGCAUCCAGUCAUACUGUUGCUGCUUUGCUCGAAAAACUCGUUUGUUGCUUCGUAAAUCAUUUCCAACAAUGACAUUGGAAUCUUCCGGAACAUUGAGCAAUUUAUCAUCAUCGAACUCGUCGGCUUCAUCGAAUAAUUUAUUACUCCAGCAAUCCGCAUCGAGUCAACACUUAGACGCACUGAAGCUGUUUCUUAAAGAAUAUGUGGUUGAUUCAACAUACUUUGAAAAUUUAAACAGUGAUGAAGAGUUGAAUAUAUUUGGUAAACUGUUGGGAAAGCUGGACUGGAAAAACAACAAUAAUAACAAUACUGAUAAAGAUGAUGAUGCUAUUUGA